UGUUCCACCCACAUUCUCGUGUCGCUUCCGGGUGGCCACACAAGACUCCUCCAGCGAGCCGACGUUACCUCUCCGCUGUAAACAAAAGUUACUAAACGGUUCGCUUCAACGACGCAUCCAACGAUAAGACAUGCAUAUCAAAACCGGUACAUGGGAAGCGAGUAACACUGUGUGUGAGUCCGAUACCCUGUGUGACCCAGCAGUCCUCGUUUCAGCCACCAACUCCGAGCCACACAUUCGCAACCGACGUCUUUCUCCCGGCUCAGGAAACUGUGGUGGAGGAGGGGGUGGAGGCUGCAUCGCUGGUGUUGACCAACAGCCCCGUCAACUUUCACCUGAAGGCGACAUUAUCGCACCUGGUCACACACACGCCUUCAGCUACCGCAGGGAAAAAGAACGCAAGGGCCAUCAGCACAAAGGCCGCAGCCUUCGCAGGGAGAGUCAGAAGGGGGUCGGCCGUCCACAAAAGGUUAACCCAAAGGAAAGGUGGGUGGAGGACAGUCUAUCUCUGCUUAAGCCCCCACCGGCAUUCCCGGUGCAGGACAGUCCCGCCAAGCUGCAGCCUGCCGUCAGCUACGCCUCCAAGGUGAAGGCAGGGGCAGCAACCGGAGCGCUGGAGGAGGACCGCCCUGCCAUCGGUGUUCUGCUACAGAACCAGUGGGGUCUCAGUUUCAUCAGUGAGGCGAGGCCAGUCUCGGAGGGCUCUGGCACUCACCCUACUGCCAGUCCCCUCCCCUCUCAGCCUACAGACGCUGAACAAACGCCAGGCGAGACAGUUAUCACCUUCCAGCCUCCAGAAGAAACACCUACCCCUGUCACUACCUCCGUCAGCCCCGCCACACGCUCAGAACUGGAUGAGAGUAAUGGCAAGCUGCUCCUUAGUUGUCGCCAUCUAGUGGAGGCUUUGAAUUAUCACAGUAGAGAGUGGAAUGCUCUCAGUAACAGACAGACAAAAGUUCCAAAAAAAGUGGUCUGGUACAAGGACACCCAGGAAAACCCAGCCUAGCAGUGUGAGAAACCCAAAGCAUUCAUAAACAUAGACACAACACAUACCUACAUGCACAUAAAAAAAAAAAAAACAUGUAAAAGUGGACAACUUUGUGUCCCGUUCACACACUGCACUCAGGAUGAUGUCUUCACGCAAAGCCACACUGAGACACUUUGGACUAACUCCUUUGAGAUCUUACAGCAAUGAACUUUUUUAACGCCUUACAGAAAGCCUGCCUUAAUUAAUCAAACCUGUUGUCAUCGCCUCACAUUACCAUUUUAGCUUGUAUAUGUAGAGCUGGUCUUUUUUCUUUUCUUUAAAAAAAAAAAAAAAACAAUCUCUGAGCUGUAAUUUAAUUUCCCUUUGCUGCAGUUUUAUCAAACUUUUUGUGUCCUCUGUAAAGCGAGCGGUCAAUCAAGCACUUUGUUGAAAAAGAAUCUGUUGUGACCAAGCCCUGUGUGCAAGAAACCCUCACCAGAGAAUAUUUUUUCCCCCUUCAUUAGGAUCAGCGUCUGUGAUGUACCUGCUUGAGUUUUUAUGGUAAAUGAAUGCAGAGGACGUGUGUAUCCGUGUCUUCAGUUUACAAAGGGGUGUAGUCAAAGGCACAGUAGAGUUCACCCUUUAUUUACCUGUCAGAUCUUAAUGCUGUGUUCCUUUUUUCUUUGUUUUUAUUUUGUUCCCUAAUUGGGUGAAUGUUUCUCAUGAAUCCAUAAGGGAUCUCACCGUGUUCAGUAUGAUGAUUUUUUUUGAAAAGAUAUAUUGAAUAAAAAAUUUACACUGGAGAAAGAGGAGGAAUGUAAGUGAACAGUAUUGCUUAAUAAAAUUUAAUAAACUUGU